AUGCAUUUAUAAAUAUUGGAAUGGACGAAGAAAAAUUCUUACAAAGAAAUAAAGUUUUUAUUUAUUUAAUUUUUAAAAAUUUUUUUUUAUAAAUAUAAUUUUUUAAUAAAGUUAAAAUCUUAAGGAAAUAUAGUUAUAAAUGAUGAAUUUAAUAAUUUUAAAAAAAUUCAUGUCCCACAAUGUUUAAACAGACCACCUAAAUAUUAAUUUAUUUCAUAAUUUAUAGCUAUUUUUAUGAGAAGGUUUUAUUAUACUGUAAGAAAUUUAACUAAUUGGAUAUCUUUUACAUUGGGAUUUGUUUUACUUAUAGCAGCUACAAUAGUUGUUAAACUUAUACCUGUACCUAUAGGAAUAAAUUAAGAUUCUUUUUAAAUUGGAUUUACUUCAUUUUUCUUGGUUUUGUCUUAUUCAUUUAAUUCUUCAAUUUUUAUUACUCUACCUGUUUUAGAACGAGAAUUUAAUUUAAAAUAUGCUUUAAAUGUUAUGGGUUGUAGAGUUUUACCUUAUUGGUUUGGUACAUUAUUGUUUGAUGUAUUUAUUUUUUUAUUGACUCUUUUUAUUUUUUUUAUUGCUUGUUUAAUAUAAAACUGUAAUUAUAUAUUAAAUCAUUUCGGAAUAAUAUUCUUUAUUUUAUCCACAUUUUGUAUUUCAUAUAUUACUUGCGCUUAUUUCUUUGGUUUUCUUUUCUAAAAAUCAAACAAUGCUCUAAAAUUUUAUCCAUUGUUCAGUUAUUUUAUUAUUUAUAGUUUACCAUGGAUAUUAGUUGGAUUAAUUUAUUUAUUAUAUAAUAAUGAUUAUUUAAGUGAUGAUACAUAUGUUGGACUAAAUGGAUUUUGUUAAGUUAUAUGUUUAAUAUUUUCUCCUUUAUUUAAUCUAAAUAUGUCAUUUAAUAGUAUAUCUGGAGAUUUUAAAAUGUCAGAAAAAGAUAAAAAAUAUUUUCAUUUAACAAUUUAAAGUACAUAUGCUUAUAUAGGAUUCAAUAUUUUAACUGCUUUUAUGUAUUUCGCUUUAACUUUUAUUUUUGAAUAAAAAAAAUAUGGCUUAAAAAAUACUUUAUAAGAUGAAAGUAUUUAUUUUAUUUUAAGAUAAUUAAAUUAAAUUUUUAUCUUAAAAAAAGGUUAAAAAUAAUAAUUAAUAAAUACGUUUGAAGAUGUAUAAGACUCUCUAGUAAAAGAAGAAGUAUAUAAAGUUAAUGAUUCAUCAGAAGAAAAAAUAAGAGUUAAUGGUUUGAUUAAAUAAUACGAUAGCGGACUAGUUGCAGUAAAAAAUAUUUAAUUCUGUGUAAAACCAGGAGAAAUCUUUGGACUUUUGGGACCUAAUGGUGCUGGAAAAUCAACUACUUUUAGUAUUUUGACAAGUUUAAUUCCUAAAACAUAUGGAUCAAUAUAAAUAAAAGGUAUAGAAGUUGACAAAGGAAUAAUGUAAAUAUAUCAAGAUGUUGGUAUAUGCCCAUAAUUUGAUUGUCUAUGGGAAAGUUUAACACCUCCUGAACAUUUAUAUUUAUUUGGAAGAAUGAAAGGUUUAACAGGGAAUGAUUUAAAUGAAAGUGUUCAAUAUUUUUUAGAUACAAUGCAAUUAACAGAUUUUAUCAAAAAAAAAGCUGGAUAAUUAAGUGGAGGAAAUAAAAGAAAACUUUGUGUAGCAAAUGCCUUAAUAGGAGGACCUGAUAUUUAAUUUUUCGAUGAACCCUCUACUGGUGUAGAUCCUAUUGCAAGAAGAUUUUUGUGGAAUACUUUAAAUAUGGGAAUUAAAUUAAGAAACUCAGCUAUUUGUAUGACAACACAUACUAUGGAAGAAGCUGAAUCUUUAUGUAAUAAAAUUGGAAUUCUUAUAAAUGGUUAAUUUUAUACUAUAGGAACUCCUUAAUAAUUAAGAAGUAAAUAUGGAUAAGGCUAUACUAUUACUUUUAAUAUCGAAAAAUAAAACAAUGAGAAGGUUAAAAAAAUACUAGAAGAUGUUUUCAUAAAGGUAGUAUAAGUACAUGAUAAAAGAGAAGAUUAUACUGCUUUCUAAAUCGAUGAUAAUGUUUUUUCGUUUUUCAAAGCUUUUAAUGUUUGUGAAGAAGUUAUUAAAAAAUAAGGACUUAUUAAAGAUUUCUCAAUUAAUUAAAGUUCAUUGGAAUCUGUGUUUUUUUAUUUUAGCAAACAAUAAAAAUAAAAAGAUGAUGAACAUAAUAGUUAAUUGAAUGUUUUUAAUAAAGUCUCCUAAAAUGCUAUUUAAGAUGAAGAAUAAAAUUAAAUUAUUAGAUAAUGA